UAGUGUUGUGUACACGUUUUUGUUUUGUUUUGUUUUUGUUUGUUUGUUUUUUGUUUUUGACCAGUUCCUCCUGGCCCUUCCUCCCUGUACACAAUUCUCACAGAUGCUUGGGUGUCUGGAACUGGUCUGUGGUUCUCCGACUCUGCAAACUGCUUUUCACCAAGCACAUUGCUCAACUCUGGGCCUUUGUGUCCAUAUCAGAGGUUCCUUCUUGCCCAUUAAUUCUGGUAUUCAUUACAGCCUUGCUACUGACCUGGGCAAAUCAAGUCCAGAACUAGGUCGAGAUGCUGGCCUCAUUUCUGUCUAUCUAAUCUUCUGAAAAACCCUUCAGGGAUGGAGAACUUGGACCUUUAAUCCUUCGUAGGGUUGGGUUCUUGGCAGAAACACAAGUGGAUGUUGCUUACAGUAAAAGCAGCUGAACUUAACAGUGCCACUCACCUGUCCCUGUCCCAUGCAGUUGACAGAACUGAGCAUUAAAAGUCAUCACUUGUAGCUGUGUGUGGUAGCACAUGUCUUUAACCCCAGUGCUCAGGGAGGCAGACACAGGUGGAUCUCUGAGUUCAAGAGACAAGCUUGGUCUACAAAGUGAGUCCAGAACAGCCAGGACUACACAGAAAUCCUGUCUCUAAAAACAACAAAGAUGGCUUGGUGCGUAAAUGACAGAAAACCUGAGUUUGAUCCCAAGACACAUAGUGGAAGGAGAGAACUGACUUUGACAAGUUGUCCUUUUAUCACCACCCACAAGUUAGAAGACAUGCACCAGUAAAUAUUUAAAAGAUAAAGAAAUUAUUCUUAAAGAUAAACCUCACCAAAAAAAAAUAAAAAUAAGCCUCCCUGAGGAAGGCAGCUGUGGACUGGGGAGGUUGGUUAAUGACAGUAGUGGUGCUUGUGUGUAAGCCCGCAGUCUGAGUCUAAUCCCUGGAUCCCACAGGGUGGCAGGAAAUAACUGCCUGCAAGAGUUGUCCUCUGGUUUCCACACAUGCCUGCACUUACACACAUCCAUCCAUACAAGAAGAGACACAGGCGGCCCUGGCCUCGCCAAGGUUAACUAACUGCUCCUUAGACCUCUGGGUAUCUUUUGUUGUGUUUUAAUCUCCUCACAUGCGUGUGUGUCAUAAACAGAAAGUUUCCUACUGGGCCUGCAGUGUGGUGGUCCAGGACAUGGUUAGCAUGGCAAAACCCAGGGUUCAGUCCCUGAGACUUGAGGCGGAGUAGGGUAGAAGAUGCCCCUUCCUGAUUAGCCAGGACUGACCUGCUCAGUGUAAACACUCAGAAGAGCCACCCUUGGGGGAUGGGAGGAGUCAGGGUCGAGCCCUGCCCCAGACCUCAUGGUUCCAAUUUCUGCCUGUCAGCUGUGCUCUCAGCUGUCCACUGUCCUCCAGCCCUGUCACUUCAGCUCUGCCACCGCGGUGAGAGGCUAGGAGGCCUACAACACUGUCUGGGUAGCCGCUGUGAAUCCAGAAGAUUCUGGGGGCUUAGCCCUGAAGGAAGAGGACUGGCCCUCUCCAGCAUCACCAUCAAGGUCUUAGGGACUCCCUCUUUCCACACUGAACUGACUUAGGGAGUCUCAGAAGCAAGUCAUCUCACCAUCCUUUUAUUUCCCCAAGCCUGAGUCUGUUCGGCUUCUUCGUUUCUCUCCUUAUCUGUGAGUAGUUUGGGUUUUAGAAGUGAAAUUGUUCUAAUUCAGGAUGAGCCAAGAUUGGAGGAGGGGUGUGGUAUGGUGGGGUCCAGGGAAUGAAGUAGUAAGAAAAGGAAAGGCUCGUAUUACUUUGAAAACCUAAAAUAGCUGAGGCCUAAGGCAGGCCAGGACAGAACUAGGCACAAGGCUCAGGAAAGAGGUAGGGGAGGGCAGGUCUCAGGACAUACCUUCAUACAUGUAGACAAGUAUUGACCUUGCUAACCAGAAGCCAUGAGAAGGUGUGUGUUGUGUCAAUCACUUACAACUGUCUGUAAGACAGGGUCCCUCAGCAUGUGGGUCACACGUCAGACAUUUACAUUACAGCAAAGUUACUGUUAGGAAGUAGCAAUAAGAUAAUUUGAUGUUUGGGGGCCACUACAACAUCAACAGCAUUAAAGGGUCACGGCAUUAGGAAGGCCGAGAACCACUGCCGUAGGAGAGCCUAGAAGCCAAAGGCCUUUAAUAUUGGAUUUGAAGACUCUGGGGCCACUUCUUGGUGUGGAAAGAUAGGUGUUAGUUUAAGGAAUUGGUUGGGAAGUCUUCCCUGUGUUGGACAUCUUUUUCGGGACCUCCAUAGACUUUGUUCACAAGCUUGAGCAAAGGCUGUUUAACCAGGUUUCUCCCAGAGUGCCCCCCUUUCAAGGGGCAUCCUACUGUGUGCGUCAGGGAUACAGGAAAAGAAGAACAGCAGUCAGCGAUUAGAUCUCAUAGUGGGGUCUAACCUCUUGUAGGAUGACAGAAAAGGAGGUGCUGGAGACCCCUCAGCCCCCCUUUCCAGCAGAGACUCCGCAAAGUGGGCUACAACGACUGAAGCAGUUAUUCAAGAAGGGCUCUCCAGAGACAACAGAGAUGGAGCCUCCCCCAGAGCCCCAGGCCAAUGGCGAGGCAAUGGGGGCUGGGGGUGGGCCCAUCUACUAUAUCUAUGAGGAAGAAGAGGAAGAGGAGGAGGAAGAAGAACCACCCCCAGAACCUCCCAAGCUUGUCAAUGACAAGCCCCACAAGUUCAAAGAUCAUUUCUUCAAGAAGCCCAAGUUCUGUGAUGUCUGUGCCCGGAUGAUUGUGCUCAAUAACAAAUUUGGGCUCCGCUGUAAGAACUGCAAAACCAACAUCCAUGAACAUUGUCAGUCCUACGUGGAGAUGCAGAGAUGCUUCGGCAAGAUUCCACCUGGUUUCCGUCGGGCCUACAGCUCCCCACUCUACAGCAACCAACAGUAUGCUUGUGUCAAAGAUCUCUCUGCCAAUCGCAAUGACCCUGUGUUUGAAACCCUGCGCGUGGGGGUGAUCAUGGCAAACAAGGAACGGAAGAAGGGACAGGCAGAUAAGAAAAAUCCGCUAGCAGCCAUGAUGGAGGAGGAGCCAGAGUCAGCCAGGCCCGAGGAAGGCAAGUCACAGGAUGGAAACAGCGCAGAGAGGGACAAGAAGGCUGAGAAGAAAACACCUGAUGACAAACACAAGCAGCCUGGCUUCCAGCAGUCUCAUUACUUCGUGGCUCUCUAUCGGUUCAAAGCUCUGGAGAAGGAUGAUCUGGAUUUCCCUCCAGGAGAGAAGAUCACGGUCAUUGAUGACUCCAAUGAGGAGUGGUGGCGGGGGAAAAUCGGUGAGAAGGUCGGAUUCUUCCCUCCAAACUUCAUCAUUCGAGUCCGGGCUGGGGAACGCGUGCACCGAGUAACCAGGUCCUUUGUGGGGAACCGCGAGAUUGGGCAGAUCACCCUCAAGAAGGACCAGAUUGUGGUGCAGAAAGGAGAUGAAGCCGGGGGCUAUGUCAAAGUCUACACCGGCCGCAAGGUGGGGCUGUUCCCUGCUGACUUCCUGGAGGAGAUCUAGGUAUCCUAGCGCCUGCUGGCGGAAGACCCCCACCGCUCGUUCUGGGCGGGGCCCUGGGCGAGUUGGGGAGUACUGGAUAUGGAGAGUUGGAAAGGCCUACCAGAGCACAGUGAUGUUUCUGGGGAGGGUCUGGAUUGCGCCUCUCUCCCAAGCUUCAGGACAUCAACCUUCAAAAGCAGGGAAGGUGGGGGAGGGGAGAGCAUCUUCAUUAGGAUACGCCAAGGCGCCGGAACUGUCAUGUUACGAAUUUAAUUAAAGUUUUGACAAAAGUUAGAAAA